AUGGCUGAUCUAUGUUUAGCUGAUAUUAAAAGUUUCCAUUUAGUUUGCAAGCGAUGGAGAUCCAUAGAAUUUUCUGGUAAUCGAUGUCGGCACAUGAAUCAAAUACCAUGGCUGAUGAUCUCAAACUGCCAUCGUAGAUUAACUUCAUCGUGUACACUCAUCGACCCAUCUUCGAAGAAAAUUCACUCCAUUGAAAUCAAAGGCAUUAAUAGAUUUCAUGAUAAUAUUGAACUCUGUACUACCAAGUUCGGUUGGUUGUUACUAUCUCAACUUCGUAUCGCUCUCUUGGAUGUUCUCUUGGAUAAUGUUAACUUUUACACUGCCUUCUUUCUCUACUCUCCCUUUAUUGGUCAUAGGAUCGACUUGCCCAACUUGAAUUCUACCUUCAAUGUCGCAACUUUUUCCUCAGCGCCCACUUCCCCUGAUUGUGUAUUCUUUGUUUUCACGGACAAACUGACUAUCAGUAUAUGUCGCCAAGGAGACAAGGCUUGGACCUCAAUAAGUUUAUCCGUUGGAUUUUCACCGAUUAAGGAUGUAGUCUACUCCAAGGGGAUGUUCUAUUGCUCGACAAUUCGCGGUGGAUUAGGGGUUUUCGACGUCUCUCAACUAUCAUGGAGUGUUCUUCCUGAACCUAACGCAAUAAUGGAUGUUCCAAGCUUCGAUUAUAGUAGUUAUAUGGUAGGAGAUGAGGAGGAGGAUCAGCUCUUACUUGUUCUUGUGAGCAAUUCACGUCGUUGGGUUUUGGUUCAUAAGCUAGAUAGAUCAGAAAUGAAGUGGGUCAAAGUUGAAGAGUUAAGAGAUAAGUCAUUGUUUGUUAGCUCUGGUAGCACAUCGAUUUUUGUUAGCUUUAAGAACAAGAGAACUGAAAAGGUGAUGAAUAGAAUUUAUUAUUGUAUGCCCUCUGAGUCCCCUAAGUUCUACUCUUUCAAAGCUUCGAAAUCCUUUAAAGCUUCUGGGAUUUAUGGUGAUCUCACAGCCAAUGAGUCUCCCAAUAAGUUUUUUUGGAUUGAACCUCCUUAUUAAUAAUGUAAUUUCUUUCGUUAAUUUUGGAUGUCAUUGAUGUAUUAAUUAGUACCAGAUUUUAGUUUACUCUCAGUGUCUCACUCAUGCAUGUUGUGCGUGUUGUCUUGAAAGCUUAAUUAGUGAAUUGUGACCAGAAAGAAAGCUUUGUGAAUGUUACCAUAUAUCCAAUAUAUCGAUCUUGUAUCAUGAUGAAAUCUUCACAGCUAUUAAUUUUUACUUUAUUUUUCUUUUCUUUUAUUUAUUUCAUUGGGUAGAUGCAAUGUCUGAGAAGUAAGUCCAGAUCCUCUCCCCACAGGAGUAAGACUCUCCUUUACCUCUUUAACGGCCACGUAUUCAAGCCAAAGUCUUCAAAGCUAAGCUUUUUUUUUUUUUUUCGUCUUCUCCUUCUUCUUCGCAUAGCCAUUGCACUAAUAUGAGGCGUACAACCAUCCAAUCAGAGGGCAAGGUGAUCUUUUCACCACCCCUUAUAUAUGGGCAUAGGGCAAGGCAACUUAGUAUUGAUUUUUCUUCCUUCAAAAAGAGUGGGGUGUCGCCCUUUCUUUAUCAUAUGGGAUUAUUGAUGUUAAUACACAAAACCUGGGAACAUGGUGACACAAUAUUCCAAUAUGAGAGCAGACAUGUUG